AUGAGAGAAUGCACCGGACGAUUCAAUAAUUUUAAUGCUUUCUACAUUUUACAUCCAGAUCUUUAUGGGAAAACAAUGUACUUACAAGGAAUAAGAAAAGACAGGUCCUUGCCCUUGAUAAAUGACUUCGGUGGAGAAAUGACAUUUUUCAUGUGGGAUGAAAAUGAGCCCAUAGCUGACUCAAGUCGUGUUUACCUACGUACAAAAUGCAACUCUCCGCCUAGUUUCCUGAACGCUGACCUUGUGAUAGAACCAAACACGCAAACUGUGUUUGGAAUAGGGUUGGUAAAGAGCUACCAAUUAAAAGAAGGAUACAUGUCGUCAUCAAAUGAACACGACUUACAAAUGACCUGUCAUAAUGAUGGAAAAUGGAUUGAUUAUCAAUCUGCGGAAACUUUAAGCUAUUUUAAUGGAAUGCGGAUUUCUGCAUGGGAUGACUAUGAUAACACAACCGGAAGCUGUGCCUUCACCAACAAUGGAGGAUGGUGGUUCAGGAAUUGCCAUCAGGCAAACGUUAACGGUCUGUAUGGAGUGCGAUCGACGAGAGGAUUAUCUUGGUUGAUGUCCAAGGGAGUCUGGAUAUAUCCAUCACAUGUAAUUAUGAUGGUUCAGAAACCCUAAGCUUAGUAACUUGGUGAACUAAUCUUAAGUUUUGCUGUACUAUAAUGGUUGAACAUACUAUAGUAUCAGAUAGCUACCAGAGAUUGAGUCGUUCUGUUUUCCGACUCUUUCAAUCCGU